GUCUCCGCGGCUCCAGCUCACACACACAUCCAGCCACCGGGAGAGCUCGACGGAAGCCGCCCAUUACAGCUUCUUUUUUCCUUCAUGGGACACAACGAGACUUCUUCCCUGGCAGAGAUCAUGGACAGCUGUUGACAUUUCUGACACUAAACGGAAAGUCCAUUGGGUUCGCCAGAAGUGAGCGCGGGGGUGCACUGUGACGGGCCCCAAGAUGGCAGCCCAUCGGAUCAGAACCACUGCCCACAACAACACGUCUCUGCCUCGCUGCAAGUCAGAGGGGACGCUCAUCGAUCUGAGUGAAGGAGUGUCAGAAGCCAGUCUCACUGAUGUCAAAGUGCUUUCCCCCAGUGCCUUAAGACUGGACUCCACUGCCUCCUUUGGCACUGCCAAGGAAGUUGUUGCCAUUAAAGACUACUGCCCCUCCAGCUUCACCACCCUCAAGUUCUCGAAGGGCGACCACCUCUACGUUCUGGAUUCGUCAGGAGGAGAAUGGUGGUACGCUCACAACAACACGGAGAUGGGUUACAUCCCUGCAGCUUAUGUGCAGCCCAUCAACUGCAGAGACUCCUCCUUCAGCGACAGCGGGAUGAUUGACACUCUGGGAGACGGCAAUGAGGAGGCCGCCAAAGAAAUGGACCUCCUGGGAGAGUGGGCGGGAGUCAUUCUCAAACCAACAACCUUCCAAAACGGAAAUCCUUUUGCAACAAACCAUACCACCACCAACCCUUUUUUAAACGGAGGCCCUCAGAGCUCGCUUGAUCAGAACAGCAAUGAGAAAUCAGUUGACCUUCUUCUGUUUGAUACCCUCUCUCCAUCCGUGCCCAGCUCCACCCCCAGCAUUGCUGACAACGGUUUCGGCAGUGGUGUUUUUAACAUGAAUCCACUCAGUCCCACUGUGAGCACGGGACAAACUUUGCGCAGGGACAACCCAUUUUUUAGAAGCAAGCGCUCCUAUAGUCUGUCCGAGCUGUCCAUCCUGCAGGCUCAGACGGACGACCCACAGGCCUCCUCCAGUUUCUUCCGAGGGCUCAAAGCGCCAGCACCAGAGCAGUUUCAGAGUCGAGAGGAUUUCCGCACAGCGUGGCUCACCCACCGCAAGUUGGCCAGGUCUUGCCAUGAUCUGAAUUCACUGGGUCAAAACCCAGGCUGGGGCCAAACGCAGCCGGUCGAGACCAACAUCGUAUGUCGGUUGGACAGCUCAGGAGGUGCCGUCCAACUUCCAGACACCAACAUUAGCAUACACAUACCCGAGGGCCACGUGGUGCCGGGGGACACCCAACAGAUCUCCAUUAAAGCUCUGCUGGACCCGCCGCUGGAGCUCAACAACGACCGCUGCACCACCGUAAGCCCUGUGGUGGAGAUCAAACUCAGCAACAUGGAGACCAAAACCACCAUGACACUGGAGAUGAAAGUGUCCGUGGUGGUGAAGAUGGAGAGCAGGCAGACAACGGAGGUCUUGUGUGUGAGGAGUGAUUGUAAAGAGGGGCCUUACUCCCCCAUUCCUCAGGCAUACAUGUACGGGGACACAGUUCAGGUGUGCCUGGACAACCUUGAGCCAUGCAUGUAUGUGUGUGUGGUGGCUCAGUCCCAGUCCGUUCCUCUGGACUCCACCGUUUGGGAGCACGUAGUCAAAAAGAUCACAUUAGGAGUGUACGGUCCCAAACACAUUCACCCUUCCUUUAAGACAGUUGUGGCUAUGUUUGGCCACGAUUGCGCCCCAAAGACGCUCUUGGUGAGUGAGGUUGGAAAGCAGGCGCAGUCUGCCCCCCCGGUUGCACUGCAGCUCUGGGGCAAGCACCAGUUUGUGUUGUCCAGACCGCAGGACCUGCGUGUUGGCGUUUACUCCAACAUGGCCAACUAUGAGGUGAAGGCCAGCGAGCAGGCCCGAGUGGUCCGAGGGUUCCAGGUUAAACUAGGAAAGGUGAGCAGGCUGGUCUACAUCAUGUCCUCGCGCAACGCUGACGACGUGUCUGAUUUCACCUUAAGAAUCCAAGUCAAAGAUGAUCUGGAUUGUAUAGUGGCUCAGUUUUGUGUCCAGACACCGACUCCUCCACCCAAAGCAGGCCCAAAGACAUCCGUGCAAAGGCGAUUCCUUAAGAAGAAUCAAGUGGGAAAGAUACUUUUGUCACCUUUUGCCGUUGCCACCAAGUACCCUGUUUUCCAGGACAAGAGAAUAAACAACUUGAAGUUUGGGAAAUUAAUCAAAACCGUCAUCCGACAAACGAAAAAUCAGUACUUGCUUGAGUACAAAAAAGGAGACUUCGUAGGUCUUUUGAGCGAGGAGAAGAUUAAGCUGAAGGGCCAGUUGUGGACAAAAGAAUGGUACAUUGGUUAUUACCAGGGCAAAAUGGGCCUUGUUCAUGCCAAGAAUGUGCUCGUGGUCGGUAAAGUGAAGCCCAUAUACUUCACCGGGCCCGACCUCACAACAUCUUUGUUAUUAGAGCAAAUACUGAAGCCCUGCAAGUUCCUCACGUACAUCUACGCAUCCGUAAGAACUAUACUCAUGGAGAACAUUGGGAACUGGCGGGCGUUCGCUGAUGCCCUGGGAUACGUGAACCUGCCCCUGACUCAUUUCUGCCGUGCAGAGCUGGACAGCGAGCCGGAGAGGGUGGCAUCGGUGCUGGAGAGGCUGAAGGAGGACUGCAACAAUGCGGAGAGCAAGGAGAGGAAGUCCUUCCAGAAAGAACUCCUGACAGCUCUCCUGAAGCUGGACUGCCAGGGUCUGGUGGCCAGACUGGUCAUGGACUUCGUCCUCUUGACCACGGCCGUGGAAGUGGCCGGGCGCUGGAGGGAGCUGGCCGAGAGGCUCGCCAAGGUGUCGCGCCAGCAGAUGGACGCUUACGAGGCGCCGCACCGCGACAAGAACGGGGUGGUGGACAGCGAGGCCAUGUGGAAGCCUGCGUACGACUUCCUGGUGACGUGGGCCGCUCAGAUCGGCGACAGCUACAGGGAUGUGAUCCAGGAGCUGCACAUGGGCCUGGACAAGAUGAAGAACCCCAUCACCAAACGCUGGAAGCACCUGACCGGCACGCUGAUCCUGGUCAACUGCCUGGACGUGCUGCGGAGCUCGGCCUUCAGCCCCGCCACUCAGGACGACUACGCCAUCUGACCCCCCGCUCGCUGCUGCUUCCCCACACAGGCUCACCUCACUCCUCCAGAGAACUUUUUUACGACAUCACACAGUUUCAAAUGCGACAUAUCAGCCGGAACGCCACUCCUGCUUUCAUACGAUGUGGUUUUAUACCUUUAGAGGAACUGCAGGGAACCGGCCCCCGUUCCCCCCGAACACAGACCUGGUCUGGAGCUGCAGCAACCACAGACUCUCCGUAGAUUACCGGCUUGCACAGUUAUGUAUUUUUGUAUUCCUAUUAUGGCACAGUGUUUUUGUAAAGUUUGGUUAAAAACUGUGGAUUGAAUGCUAACAGACACUUUUUUUGAAAAAAAAGACAAUUUUUUUUAGCUCCUGUAUUAUUUCCUUGGCCAGAGUCACACGUGUCAAAGCCGCUCUAUUUAUUUGUACAUCACAGAAAUGUCACAUUGUCCUCUGGUUCUGGUUGUUUUUCGUUACGGUCCUUCGCAUUCCAGAGAUCCAAAGUUCAAAGAGUUUUAAAGAUCUACAUUAUCAAACAUUUAUAAACCUUUUGAUUUAUUAACUGUCGUCACCCAAAUGUUAAACUAACUAGCCACUUUUUUUCCUAGUUUUGUAUCAUAUCACCUUGAUAUUCUUUUGGUUUUGGACUGACUAAAGUAUGGAAAUGUCAUUUAAAUGUUUUGUGUAACAUUUUUCACUUUUUUUUUCUCCAAAGUUUUACGUAUCAAUGGCCUCUCUGUCUUUAUCUCCAUCCGUGAUAUUCACUCAACUUCCAGUCGUGCUGCAUUCACCUCAGAGGUGGAAACUACGGCCCUGUCACACAUCAGUGAUAGCUGUAGGAUGAGGCUCAGACAACAUAGGUCACCAUAGCACAGGUGAUCAAGAGACUAAAGAAGGAAAAGAUGGAGGGAGAAGAAGAAGAAAUAGGACAAGUGACUGAUCAAGAGAUCAAAUGAGUAAAUCUCAGCCAACCUCAGAAAGCAGCUUAACCUCUGUGCCUGUAGGGGACUCGCAAAAGUUCCUUCUAAUUGAUAUAAAAACAGCUAAAGAAAUGGAAUGGUUAAUUUAACUUAAGAAACCGAUAGCACUUCAUGCUUUAUAAAGUAGUAAACUCAAUUUCUUGUUUGUAAUUUAGUCUACUAAUAAAAGACAAGGAUUUUCCACCAUAACAAAAAAACAUUACUAAAAAGUAGCCCAUCCUGUGUAAUGAACGGUCCCUAACGUUUGCAUCUAGACACCUAAACAAACGAGCAGCGGUGCAGCCCAGGGUCGACAGGUUCAUGUGUGAAGCAGUAACACCUGGCUGUUCCAUCACUUCAGCUUUCCCCUCUGUGCCGUACCUGCAUGGUGUUUUACCGGCCCGGCCAGCUCCACGUACGGGGCUGACGGAUCAGACACGGGAUCAGUAGCUGCUGUCUGUGGCUGAACCCCAAACAAGAGAGCAGAAUCAAACUGCCACUCAGGUGGGGUUGUUUUUCUUUAGUUUAGCGUGACAGCGUGAGCUCCCAGGCUGUAUACCCUCUCAUGUAGUAAUAAUGUGCUUCACUGGUUACUUUUGAGUGCAGCUUGUGUUCAGGUUUCACCAUCGCUUGUUGCUGUAGGACUAAUAUCACAUCACAGAAGAGAUGACAGUGGUGGAGUGGCUCACUCCACCACUCAAUCUGUGGUAUUUUGGCCAAAGCACGUCAUAAUAUUCAUUAA